AUGAGGAAACAUAGCUACAGGGCUAUACUCAAUAAAGCUCAAAGGUGCGCAUGUCUGGGCAUCACAGGUGCCUUAGGUAGCACCCCACAGGCGGCCUUGGAUAUAAUCCUAAACCUACUACACAUUGAGAACUAUGUUGAGAGUGUGGCAGCAAGGAACCUACUCAGACUAUCAGAUUCUUCUUUGGUAAAACCCUUGCGGAUAGGUCACACUAUGAUAUUGUAUGAGGCAGGUCUUAUUGGUCAUGACAUUAUUCCAUCUGGAAUCUCUGACUAUAAGAUCGCGACCUUUAGCUUCGGUGCAUCACCCCCAGUAGAAUUCCCUACUAGGGAUAAGUGGGUUGGAUCCGAUCAACUGUUUGAUGGGUGCGCAGUUUUCACUGACGGUUCCAAGAUGGACUCUGGUACACUGGCCGGGGUAUAUUUGGUCGACUAUGACAUCAAGCGCUCAUAUAGACUCUCUAACGAGUGUAGCGUCUUCCAGGCAGAGAUCUUCGCGAUCUGGAAAGCCACAGAGUUGAUAAAGGCACACGUCAAUAGAGGGGCUGAAGUGACAAUAUACGUAGAUAGUCAGGCGGCACUAAAGGCUCUGGAGUGUCAUCUAAUACAUUCCAACCUAGUAGAGGACUGUAGGAGAGCUCUAGAGGAGCUAUUGGUACACUACUCAGUAAGAUUGUGUUGGGUACCAGAGCACUGUGAUAUACAGGGAAAUGAGGUAGCAGAUGAACAGGACAGACAUGGUUCUGAUAUGGAUCAUGAUACUAGGGAACGGGAUGUUAAACCACCCAUUUGUUACUACUAUAUGAUAAUUUACGAAAAAUUCCGUGACUAUACAAAUCAAUCCUGGGUCAGAUUGCAAAGUGUCCAGGGCCUUAUGGCCAAAACUGAAUGCGAGGCGACUGGGACACUGAUAGAGUUGGAUAGGUAUAAUCUCAGGAUUCUAGUAGGAGUGAUAACCGGCUAUUGCUCAAUUGGGGCCUUCAAGGGUAAAUGGGAUAAUGUCACACAGGACUUCUGUAGAGUGUGUGGGGAUGCAGAGGAGCUAGAGACAGUAGAGCACAUUAUGUGCAACUGCCAGGAAAUAGAUUUCUGGACGAACUUGGAAGUGUUGCUGGCUGCAAACUGA